AUGCCGAAGCAACAAAAGGCUUCUAAAGGGCUGGCGUGCCUCAGCUGCCGACCCAGAAAGAUCAAGUGCGAGCGUGUAGAUGGCCGCGAUGAGCGCCAAAGACGAUUUUCCAAGGAAUACAUCGUCGACCUCGAAAACCAAGUGCAAGAUUUCAAAGCCAUACUCGCAGACCUACAGUCGCAGCUUGAAGCACAACAAGCGAUUCUUUCCUGUAAUCCAUGUCGCGAACAUGAAAUUGUCUCAUCACAGACCCAGCCGGAGCCCCAGCCCCGAGGGUCGAACAAUAUUGCACCGUCCAAUAGCUUCGAAACAUCUGAAUUUGUGGACAGGGAACCCGUUGAACCCAUUGCGAGUACUAUCGAUCUCAACAAUAGGGACGGUCUAGGGUUGGCAGAUACCACGCCGAGCUCAAGCUCCGGCGAAAGUAUCAUCACCCUUUUACGCGGGACGAGGAAUCGCCUCAACAGCAGUAUCGAGAAUGGGCAGUCAAGGUAUUUUGGACCAACGUCAAGUCUCCACCUCACAGAAAAUGUUACAUCGAUCCUUAGCUAUUGCGAGAACAUCUCUCGAGCAGGCUCGGACUUUGAGAAGGAAAUUCCUCAGGCAAUGCAGCAGUAUCUACUCGAACUGUACUGGAAUUAUCAGCAUAACGUCAUGCGCAUAAUCCACAAAGAGGCUUUUCUGGCGGGCUUGGAGGCGGCUCGCGGUCCCUACUACAGCCGUUGUCUACUACUGUGCAUUCUAGUGUCUGGAGCGCGAAUCUCGGCCAAUCCAGAGAUCCGAGCCUUGUCGAUCCCAUCAAUGGAUGAAGAACAUACCGAGACACCGGCGCUUUUUAGACUUGCUCAAGACGCUCUCGAGAAAGAACUAUUGAACCCAUCAAUAACCACUAUACAGUCUCUAAUGUUAUUGAGUGUCCUGGACUGCAUACAGUCCGAUGACAUGAAAGGAUGGCUGAAAUCAGGUGAGUUCGAAAAGCAUUGGGGUUUGUACCUUGGCCGUCCCCCCAUCAUCAAGCUAUGUGAUGUAUACGUUCGAAAACCUAGCAAGACUUCCACGUCGUGGGACGCGGUAAUAUUUGCUGCCUGGACAGAGAUCCUUGAUAUAGCAGGGCAGAUUAGCGAGAGAUUAAAUACCAAUUCAUGUUUCCAGGAGCAGAUUAACAUUUAUAUGAACGCUCUGGAGACCUGGGACGCCAACAUGGACGCUACUCUAAUACCCUCUGCCACAUCACCACCUGCGGUCUAUCAAUUGCGGAUGCAGUAUUGCGCCCUAUUCAUCCUCCUCAAUCGACAUAAUGCUGGUCUUGGGACCUGCCUCGAUAGCAGAGUUUCAGAUAUGCUCAAGUCGAGACGGACUUGUGUUGAACACGCCCUACAAAUCUCCAGGUUGAUACAAGACUAUACAGCACAUCACCAAGCCUAUACUUUGACUGGCUCUGCUCUUUAUCAUAUCACUUUAGCAGCAACCACGCUCAUUGCCGAGAUCGCAGAGAAGCAGAAGAAUAACGUCGCAGCCGAAUUGGCAGCACUGACAGGCUGUCUCAGCAUCAUGAAGCAGAUGGAGAGUACCGAGAUUGUGGCACUCCACGUUCGCAAGAUUGUUCAAACUAUCAUGCGAGUAUGUGAUAUGCAAAAAUUUCCCAUGGACAUGGGCCAGCGUACGGCGUCUGUCAUUCAAGAAAUCACCAAUAUACCGCUGGAUGAGACCUAUAAACCAGAUGAGGCUAUGGCGGACACUUCCGUCAUAGGCGGGGCCGAUGCCCCUUCGGCGUCUAUUCAACACGAUAUCUUCUGCUCUAACAGCAUCUUUCAAUUUCCGUUCGAGGACGUCCUCAUAGAUCCUUAUUUAGCGAGUGACUUCUUCGAACAAAACCCAGGAUGA